GCUGGGGAUGUUCUCCAGAGGCUUGAUUUGAACCUGCCAUUUAUUCCAUCACUGCGACAAGCCUGAACCAAGAACUUGGCCAUUACACCAGUGACUUUUCCCUCCCAGUCUGGGAUAUGGUCCCAGCCCUUGGAGGAGCCAGCUGGAGUUGGGGAAACGGGUAUCAUGAGUGUUCUCAGCUGCCUGCUGGCCGCCCUCCUGCUGCUGCCCCUGCUGGAGGCUGCUGUGGAGUUCCAGUCAACCUGCGGGCAGUCAGUGACCUCCAGCCGCAUUGUAGGAGGGCAGAAUGCCCGGGACGGGGCUUGGCCCUGGCAGGCCAGCAUCCGAUACAAUGGAGUCCACAUCUGCGGAGGGUCCCUCAUCAUGGGAGAAUGGGUGGUGUCUGCAGCUCAUUGCUUCAGUCUGAGCCUGCCCCUCGCUGGUUACUCUGUUUCCCUGGGGCGAUUCCAGCUGAACAUCCAGAGCGCAAACGCCUUCACCUCUGCUGUGUCACGGGUCAUAAUCCACGACAACUACAAUCCCACCACCUAUGCCUCCGACAUAGCCCUGGUGCACCUAAGCACGCCCCUUCUGUACACCGCCUACAUCCUCCCUGUCUGCCUUCCCGCCCGCAAUGAUUCCAUCGCCUCCGGCACCCAGUGCUGGGUCACCGGCUGGGGGAAUGUCCAGACGGAUGAAAGUCUCCCUCCUCCCCGCACUCUGCAGGAAGUUCAGGUCUCACUCAUAGAUGUCCGGACAUGCAAUGACCUCUAUAGCAUACCCAUCACAGGGUACCCGGGGUCGCGCCCCAUCAAAGAUGACAUGGUGUGUGCUGGCUACCCCGAAGGAGGGCAGGACUCCUGCCAGGGCGAUUCUGGGGGACCCCUUGUUUGUUCUGAGGCUGGCUCCUGGUUCCUGAUCGGCAUCGUGAGCUGGGGAGUUGGCUGCGGCCUCCCCAACCGCCCUGGGGUCUAUACAUGGGUCUCCGCCUACUCCGACUGGAUCCAGCAGCAGCUCCCCAGUGUGGAAUCCGGGGUGGUGAAUGUCACCAUUAGGAGUCAGCCUAAUGCAGGCUACACUCCAGCGCCCACCCCCCUGCUCCUCAUCACCCUCCUGCUGGCCAGCGCUGCCUUGGGGUUGGGGCCACUGCUUUGUUUCUGAGCUGUUAAUUUAACAACCAGGCCUGCCAUGGGGGAGACAAGGCAUGGUUAUGGGGCUGGGAGGGGAGUGGGGUCUAAUGGGUUAGCACAUGGGGAGCUGUGCACCAGGACUCCUGGGUUCUCUCCCCAGCUCUGGGAGGAGAGGUGGGUGUAGUGGGUUAGAGCAGGGGACAGGGGCUGGGAGCCAGGACUCCUGGGUUCUCUCCCCAGCUCUGGCAGGGGAGGCAGUUUUAGUGAGUUAGAGCAGUGGUUCUCAACCGGGGGCCCACGGACCGCUGGUGGGGUGUAAGCCAUUUCAGUGGGUCCAUGAGCCCCCUUGCCCUAUAUGGCUAAAGCUGGGAGCCCAGAAUUCCAAGCCCCAGGGCCCCAUGGGGCUAAAGCCCUGAGCCAUGGCUCCUUAUGAGGCAGAAGCCCUGCUCACCCCUGCCCUGCAUGGGUAAAGCCCCCCAGACCUGUGAGGCAGAAGCCCCCGUGCCCACAUCUAGCGGCUGAAGCCAGAGCCCCAAAUCCCCGCCCCCCAUCUACACACACACACACAGAGCUGAAGCCUGGAGCCCAGGACCCCGCCCCUGCGCUGGGCCCUGGAAUUGAAAUAACAGGUUGGGAGUCCUCAGAACGUAAAACCUUGAGAACCCCUGAGUUAGAGAAGCGGGGGCUGGGUGUCAGGACUCCUGGGUUCUAUCCUUGGCUCUGGGAAGGGAGGGGGGUCUAGUGGGUUGGAGCAGGGGGGGCUGGAAGCCAGGACUCCUGGGUUCUAUCUCCAGCUCUAGGAGGGGAUUGAGGUCUCGUGGGUUGGAGCGGGGGCUGGGAGCAGGCCUCCUAGUUUCGAUCUCUGGCUCAUCCACAGAUUUCCCGCGUGACCCUGAGCAAGUCCUGGGUCCCUCUGAGUCUCAGUUUCCUUCGGUGUAAAAGCGGGAGAAUAAACCUGCGUUUGUCUGGAGCAGGUGUUCAGACAACACGUUUUUUGGUGUCCUCAGGGUGCAGCCACCAACUCUUGCUAGUGGCUGCUCUGAGACUUUUUCCUAAAAUACUUAAUUGACUUUAGGAAAAACAAAUAAAUCUGCACGUACACAUGUCCACAUCAUUGUCAUUUAUUUAUGUAGGGUUUGUUUUGUUUGUUUGUUUGUUUGUUUGCAGACUCAAUAAUAAAAAUAACGCACAGUUGUUUCUAUUCUUUGCUGGAGCUAAACAGAAUAGAAACACUAAUUAGGUGC